AUGGAGGCCCACGCAAAUGGUGUACGGCCUGAUACUGCGAUCGGCGGUACUCAUUUUAAUAUGCUCGCCCGAGCGUAUCUAGUCCUUACUGAUGCUGGUGAUGAGUGCAAAAUUCAUGAUCUCAGAUUGUCCGCUUUCGCCGAUUUAUCCGGUCCGCCUCUCUAUGGUAAUGUACUGUGUCGGCUAGCCGUUCAGCCUUACUCUGUGCUUCGACCACUCGCUGAAGGGAUGCUCACCGUCAAACCUCUCUGUGGUGGACGAAUUUUGCGAAACGUUCGAACGAGAUUGCAGACAUCUCGAAUACUGAUAACCACUCAUUCAAAUACCCUUAUGCUCUCAUGUGAUAACAGCCGGGAAGUAGAAGGCUAUGACUUCUAUAUCACAACGGAAAGCCACAAGACUAUGCUUGCAUGGAAAAAGGCAAUUGAAAUGCAAAUCGAUGACUGCGCUAUAUGGGGUGAAUUCGCUUAUCGUCCUACAAAAUUGACAUUUGAAAAGCCUACUGAUCCAGUGAAGGAGACAUUGAGUCGAGCUGUAGGGAAUCGGCUGUACGACAAGAUCAGUAUACAAGGAAGCGUGUCCAGGAACAGUGCAAUUCUUUCACCUUCAUUGUCAUAUUGUCCACGUGAGCUGUCGCCGUUGAAGUCCUCUGCUGCUCAGACGGCCCCUACCAAGCGCCACAAGCAUCGCGCCAAUGUACUCGAGUUAUUCGAGAAGCCAAAACCGCCACCGCAGCCAAAGUUGGAGGUAACACCACCAACACCCUUGUAUUACUCCUCCUCUGGUGGUGAUAUCCAUAAGUGUAUCAUUGAAUUGGACAAUAACGAUGGUUAUGGACGGAUUAGAUCGGAAUCCUCUUCUUCCUAUAUGCCGAGGACACAACCUGAGCCACCAGUUUACUCGUCAUAUAUGUCUGCACCCAAACCUAGAUAUCCUGAUAUUGUGCCAAAUCAUGUCAUGGUGAGUGGAACAUGUCCCCUAUCUCUUCAUCAAUCUAUGUAA